CAUAUCUUUCGAUUGUGUGCUUCACUUUGUAUCAGAAUCCUGGAUCGAAUAUAUUUAAUUUCUCUACUUAUAGUCACAAAAUGCGCCCAUUAUGGCGUCAACAUUUGCUCUUUAUUAUGAUAGUUAUAGUAUUAUCGGAUGCAGCUCGAGUUUUCAACUUUAAACCAGGACUUGACUAUAACUAUGAAGUUCAAACUGCUACUCACAUGACAAAUGUAGGGAAAAUGAAUGCAAAAGCAAAGGUGGGAUUUCAAUGGAUCAGAGAAACAGAAAGUGGAAGCCAUGAAAUAUACAUUCGAGUGAAGUCCUAUUCAAUGACUUACAAAAGCCAUACAGUUUCGGAUGACGAGAUGGACGUCGAGUUUGAUAAUUGGUUUUCGUUCAUCAUGGAUGACAAUGGUGAUGUUCUUCGAGUAAUAUAUCCGGAACACGAUGACAUGAAGUCAGUUAAUAUCAAGAAAGGAUUGGCCGGAAUCAUUGCAACCAGACUUCAUCAUGAGGAUUUCAAAUUUCCCAGUGGUUCGUCUAGUUGGUCAUUCAAUUCAACGGAACGUGACCAUACAGGCCAUCAUCAUGCUAAUUACACAGUGUAUCAAAAUGAGCAUGGCGAUAUUCAAAUUCGUAAGAAAAGAACAGCUCAUGUACAUCCGAAGAAAAUUCACUUCUAUCAUAAUAAGGAAGUCAAUAUUAAAUCCGGAAUGACGGUUCCUCACUUGAUACAAAUAAAUGAGGAAGUACCACUCGGUGGAAGAGAUCCUAGUGAGGGGGCCGGCACUAAACAUUUUGAGCCAAUAAACAAACCGAAACAUAUCAACGAUGAACAAGAAUCAUUGCCAGAUAUGAGUGUCUAUGCUGAUAGCCAAAUGCGUUUUUUAUCAUCUAUUUCGAUGUCGACACCCCAAAGACCAGAUAACCUUAUUGAAGAUACAAUAGAGGUCAAAAAGGGCUUCGAUUUUCAUGAUCAGCCUUAUGUGGAGGAAGAAGUUAUGCAACAUAUCAAAGGGAAUCUGACAUGCCUUCGAGAACUAACUCUUGAUAAACUUUCCAAUAAAAAUAACAUCUGCUAUGGAGGACUCACUUUAGCGUUGGAAACAUUGCCAUACAAACUUGUAAAGGACAUUGGGGAUCAAUAUUUUAAUAGACCUUUGAGCAACAAUCGAGAUGUGAUAGAUCGUAACUAUCUAUUAGAUGCAAUUGCGGGGAUUCGAACUAACUACAAUCAGGAACUUUUAACUGAGCUGGUUCUAAACUCUCGAGCACCAGAUGUUAAACUAAUGAUUCGUUUUCUGGAACAUAUACCCUUCUUUCAGAAUAUAAAAUCACAGAAAAUGAUUGAUGCGGUUGAGAAGUUAGCAAUCACAAAAUCAAAAUAUAAAGGUUCUCCGGAAGCAGUACGAUUACGAGAAUUAGCCACAUUCAUAAUUGGUGCCAUUGCCAAGAUUUUGCAAGAUGAAGGGCGAAAUGAUGAGGCGGAGAAAAUAGUGAAGAAACUCCAUACAAAAGUUGGAAUAUUUGAUCCGUGGCACCAUCGGCAAAGAAGGUCGACAAUGUCCCGCGAUACUUUGGAUAGAUAUGAAAGAGACGUUGUUAUAUUAAUUGGGGCUUUAGGGAAUGCAGCGCAUCCGACAUCGGCAGACUGCAUCUUGAGUUUUGCAAAUUCAACUGAAGCUCCUAAACAUUUCCAGGAGUCCGGACUGUAUGCUCUUCGUCACUUUCAUACACAACAGGCUGCCGAUGCGCUUGUUAAUGCUUGGAGGACAGAGGAGAAUAGAAGCUAUAAGCAGACGUUUAAAAAAUUAUGCAAAGAGAAUCCUGCUGCAUACAACCUAGCAAUUAUGACGGAACCAAGCUUUAAUGAUGUCGAGGUAGAAACAGACCAGUCAUAUAAUCAGACAGCACCUAUUCAUAACAGAGAUAGACGGUCCAUAAGAAAUUCAUAUAAUUUGCUAAUACCAAGACUAGAUCACCAGACUGAAGACAGUGUAGGGGAUUCAUUCAUUGGUGCAAAUUACGGUGGUAUAUCAAGUAGCCUCUUGAAUAUUAAUUCAGAUCCACAAGCAACUACUGCAACAAAUGAUUUUUCUCUGGAAGGCUCAUUCGGGUUUCUACUAAGAAUGUUUUCACCCUUCGAGAAUUUUCGGGCAACUUACCAAGAGUCCCACCUGCAUUUAAAAUCGUCAUAUAAUAUGAAUGUACUAAAGGACUAUGGGGUAAACGUAUUGCCAAACGCCGUCAAGCGAUUAGAUGUUUUACUAGCCAGUCUUAUACCGGAACUGAGAGAUGCUGUCAACGCAGUAAUAAGUGAUUUGAACCUUGGAGUUGAUGAAGCUGUCCAAACACUCGUUGACAGAUAUAGUGAAUUGUUGGCUGAUAUAACGAGUAUGACUGUUGCUGAUCUUUUGGAUGAACUGGAAAUCAUACACCUUGAAAUGGUUCCACCUGAGAUUAAAAGCGCAGUUUAUUUAGUACGAAGUGGAGACCAACUGAUCGCCGAUACUAGAGCGGAUAUUAUUGAAUUUCUAGAGGGUUUUAUGGGUGAUCUGCUUGCCGGACUACCUUGGGAUGUUGAACAAAUUUAUAAAACUGUGAAAUCUAUGAAAAAUAUUAUCAACAAAUUUCAUGAUGAUCCGAAGGAGGCAAUAGCAGAUUUAUUAAAGAUGUUUGACAAGACCGAUCAAGCAUUGAAACAUUUCACAGGCACAAAAGAACGAAUCGAAUCGAAGCUUACCAAUCUAAAAGGUCUCUCACCAACAUGGUUUAAAGACAUCCGACAGGUUGUGGAAGAGAAGAGAAUGCUGAUUGGGGACAUUGACGAAAUACUUCAAAAUUCAAAACUUGAAAACUGGGCGCUCGAGAACAUCCAGCAAAGAGAAAUUGUAGCUCUGGUUCGAGAUACAUUAGCCAAAUUAAAUGAAACACUAUCAAAACUUAAAGACAUCUCAAGUCCAUUUAAGUUGUCUCUGGAUAUUGUCAAGUCUCGUGUAGGAAAACUGAAUGAAACCGUAGUGAAUGUUUUAAAAAAAGUGGUUGAUAAAGCAAGAUUUGAAAUCGAAGACAUUUUUGGUGUUCGAUUUCAUAAGAAAUUUCCACGAGUGUUUCUUGAAGGAAGUGAAAUAUGUCCUGAAGGUGGGUUUUAUCCAACUACUAAUUCACAAAGAUACAGCGACAUGGGCAUUGACCUAAUUAUUGAAAGUAACAAGCAGGUUGUGGCACCCUUAUCGGGUAUUCUUACUGUACUUAGUGACGAAAAAGUAAAAAUUGAAAUUACCGGAGGUUCAUUAACUGACACGAUCUUGACUAUAGAUAAUAUAAAUCCGCUUCAACAGUACUCAGACGGUCCAGUUCAGGUUUACACCGGGGAUGUGAUAGGAACAGCGUCAGUGUCAAAUUGUCAGCCUAAUAAUUACAUUCAUGUAGUGAUGAAAAAACAAUCAGGCACUGGUACUGAAUACAUCGACCCAUCGCCACUGAUGGAAAAAUCUGAGCUUAAAUGUCCUACUUUUGAUUUUGAAAGGAAUAUAAAUAUCGUCAAGUACAAGAUAAAGAAUGUUUUGAGCACUCCUGCAAGUUUCGCAUCAACAAUUGGACUACCAGAACCAACUGCCGCCGGUCCUCAAUUUAAUUCUAACAGCUUCAAUGAUAUACCCAUGUGCUCAGUUAUGGAAGCAAUUAGUCUUUUGAAUGACGAUGAACUGAAGCAGAAAGUAAUAGAUACAUUUACUGCAUUUAAGGAUGAAAUUAGUGGAUUCAAGUCAUUUCUACCUAAUUCGCUUACCGAUGAUUAUGUAAGAACACUUCUACAGGAACGAAGUUUAUCUAUUGAGGGCUCUAGAGAAGAGCUAAUGGCAAGAUUUGGCCAACCAGAUGAUAUGUGUCCCUUGUUACUGGUUGCUGUUCAGCGGUCCUCGUAUUGCCGUUUUGAGCAAAUCUGCUUGGGUGUUGAAUGUCAGAUUCCUAUUAAGUUGAAGUCCAAUGUAUAUCCACUGAAAGUGUUCGUCCGAUACCUUCCUGACACAGAAGAACUUCAAGUUGGAAUAGGAGAACACAUUAUAAAGACGACGUUUUUAGAUCCAGUUGAGAUAUCAAAUGAAGUGGUUGUUUUAGAAGGUGGUUGGAGAAAACGUAACCAAGAACUCAUUGUUAGAUAUACUGCUGUGUUACAAAAUGGUGAACUUUAUUUUGACAUGAAAUCCCAUUUAUGUUCCGCUUCUGAUGACAAUGACUGCGAACCGUUGAACGAUAUUUUCACUGAUAUGCUUAUUCCAAUACCGUAUCACAAUUCUUACGGUACAUUUGCAUGGAGAGACAUAAAUAUCAAAAAAUAUUUUUCAAGGUCCGCAAUGCAGCGAAUAUUUGAUGUGUCAGAAAUACCUGAAGAUGGCGUUGUCGAUUAUAUAAAAGAUCAUGUAGUAAGGUAUUGGAAGAAUUUACUUGACAGUGGAAUAGAAGUAAUAAAUGGUGAAUUGAAUGUUGAUGUGAAAAUGAAACAGUUAAUGACUUUCGAGAACAGUACUGAAAGAAAACCAAAAGGUGAAAGAAGUACCAGACGCACUAAAGGGCCAUUCAAACUUGAAAAAGUAGACGACUUAUAUGAUGAUUGUCCGGCAACACAAGAAAUGUUCGCUGCCAUUGUCCCAGACACUAGUAUUCUUCCUCGUAGUAUAAAUGGUGACCUGCGAGCAGUUGGAGGAGGCUUGACAGAGCAUGGAGUUAAAGCAUUUCUUGUUAAAAUUAUGAAUAUGACCAUCCAGGAUUUUGAAGCAACUGUGGACUUACACAACACUCCAUCUAAUAAAUUACAAGAUGUUAUGAAGUCAAUGGUUGAAAAAUAUAAAUUUGAGUUGAUUAGAAAAAUUGACGAUACAGUUCAAGAAGUUCGUGAAACGUUGACCGAAAUUAAACACAAAUAUAAGGUGGUGAAAGGAACUAUACUCUUCAUCCGCCUGUUUUUCAAUCUUCUAUGGUAUCUCAUUUUAGGCGGCAUUAUGCCAAUGAGUUUUGGUAAGUAA